UUGCAGGGUGCGAACAUACUCCUCACCGAUGACGGCGAUGUCAAAUUAGCGGAUUUUGGUGUUGCUGCUCAGAUCACGGCGACCAUCUGCAAGCGGAAGUCGUUCAUUGGGACCCCAUACUGGAUGGCGCCGGAAGUAGCCGCAGUCGAACGGAAGGGUGGUUACAACCAGCUAUGUGAUGUAUGGGCGGUCGGCAUAACGGCAAUAGAACUGGCUGAGUUGCAACCGCCGUUAUUCGACCUGCAUCCGAUGCGCAUACUAGUUCUGCUGUCGAAGUCGAGCUACAAGCCACCUACGCUAAAAGACAAGGUUAAAUGGUCGCCGGCGUUCCAUGACUUUGUGCGUCAAACG